AUGAUGACUCGAAGGAUGGAUCAUGAUGACCAUGAUGAUGACUGGGAUGAUGAUGAUGUUGACUCGCUUGACGAUGACUCGCUUGACGAUGACUCGUGUGAUGAUGAUGAUGAUGAUGAUGAUGAUGAUGACUGCGAUGAUGAUGAUGAUGAUGUUCAUGAUGAUGAUGAUGUUCAUGAUGAUGAUGAUGAGGACUGCGUUGAUGGCGAUGAUUAUGACGACUGCGAUGUGGUUUACUCGGAUGAUAAUGAGUCGGUUGAUGAUGACUGGGACGAUGAUGAUGAUGUUGAUGAUGUAGAUGAUGACUGCGAUGAUGAUGAUGAUGAUGUUCAUGAUGAUGACUCGGACGAUGGUGAUUAUGAUGAUGAUGGUGAUGAUAAUGAAGAUGACGAUGAUGAUGGCUCGGAUGAUGAUGAUGAUGAUGAUGUUGACUCGAAUGAUGGUGAUUGUGAUGAUGACUAG